AUGACUGAACCCAGGGGUCAGAUGAAGAGUUCAGAUGCUACAAACAGCUCUGUAAUGGAACCGCUGUCUGCUUCAUUCGACCCUGAUGUCCCAUCUUCAUCUUUGUGUCCAAAGCUUGGCCAGAGCAACUUCAGGAGAGUCAGCCGCACAGAGGACAGCAGUCCCUUUCCGAUCCCCGGCCUAGCAGCAGACAUCCUGCACAUGCGAGUGAAGGAAGGAAGCAAGAUCCGCAAUUUGCUGCGGUUUGCAACAGCUCGCAUGCAAGGAGAGGGGAAAGACAGCAAUGGGACAUCGCUGAGACAGGUGGUCUUCACUGGCUCAGGUAGAGGAGUCACCAAGACCAUCACCUGUGUGGAGAUUCUGAAACGUAAAAUGGGAGGGCUCCACCAGAUGUCUAAGCUCUACUACAAGACAGUGAAUGAGGUCUGGGAGAGUCCACAGCAGGGAGCACCAGGUAUAACCAUGGAGAGGACAGUCCCUGCCAUCUGUAUACUGCUCUCUAAAGACCCUCUGGAUCCUCAGGAGCCUGGAUACCAACCCCCCCAAACCCAGAGUGUUGCCACAGCGGACGGAGAGAACCGUAGAGGUCUGAUCAGGCCAGCUCACAGUCCCUCCUCACAGCACACAGCCAAGAGAGUCUGUCUGGAUGACUGGACUGGAAGUUCUCCAUAA